UUAAUCUUUGCAGGAUGAAACCCAGCUCGUGCCGCGCGUUUCAUCUGAAUUAAAUACCGCGAUCGGUAUCGAGGCGAGUUUGCGCGCUAGUACACCGCGAGCUUUCGUCGAACGCGUACAAUUUAGCUGAUCGUUAAUUGGCGAGAAACGCGUGUGUCGUUUAAUUCCUCUUGUCUUCGCGAAAUUCUCCUAAAUUACCAUUCUCGUAAGUGGCUCAAGGUUAAUAGCUGUUAAGCUUACUCACUCGUGAUCAAAUCAGUCUUCCCCGGGAAAAAUGCUGAUGUCCCGGGUUCUCACCCUUCUCCGUAGACAGCUACGGGGAGAAUGACGGUUAGGGAAGGGGACUCCCAUAUAUAUAGGGCUGUGGCGGACCACCAAUUGAGUAUAAACGUACGCGCGGGAAAAUUUGAAUUAACAUUUACUUUGUUAUUCGUACUUUCCAGUUAUACAUAAAAUUUUCUAAUAUUUUAUAAGUGAAACUUAUAUUAUUUAAUAUCAACAUUGUCGAAAUUAAAAUUUUAGGAAUUCCCGCUUAACCUGUGCCGCCAUUUUUCCCUAGGAAAGUCUGAUACGAUCGCGAGUACGUACGUAUCGAAGCUCGAUUAGAUAAUUCGAUUAUUCUCGAGAAUGGAAAGCAUUCUCGUUGACGUCGCCGUUGACGCAACGAUAUAUAAACGAGAAACGCGAAAAAUAAGAAACAUGCGGCAUCGGUCGCUCGAUUAAUGACUUUGGAGACUAUUGGAUUCGCUUAACGUUUAAUCAUCGUCCGCCGUUGGCAUAGGUUAAUAGGACUGUCCUUAUGUAAUUAACGCGAACGAUUGACGUCAUUGGCUCCUCUAUUUAUGUAGUCUCUGUUCGAUGAAUCGACGAAUCGCGCAUCGUACGUAUUUCUGUGUUCUCAUCCUGACGUUCGAUUCGUAGUAUCCAGUUGUUUCUACGAAAACGUUAUGACGCUAGAAAUGCUUUUCAUUCUUCUUUUUUUGCUCCUGCGCGCUCGUUCCGAGUAUUAAUUGCAACGGGUAAAAAAUCGAGAGGCGAACAAAUGAUUUUCCGCCUUUUCGAAACGAGUAUACCUACGCUUAGUAGCCCGCAUCGGUGUGUUUGCUCGCUUAAUUGCUUCGGCGAUUAGGGAAUUUUUUUAAUCGAAAAAUCCGCGCGUUUUCCAUUUUAUGGAAAUAAAGAGAGGAAAAAAGGAAAAGAGAUGACGAAAGCAAGAGGAAAGAAAUGAAAGGAAGUAGGAGGAGGAUGAGAGGCUCGGAGUCUCGCGUUUGGAAUCGCAUAUAGAUUCCCCACUUCUGUCGACUCAGCCUUUUCCUUCUCGUCGAGGUUACAAACAGCAUCUGUACACGUCAGAGCACACCUGGGUGGUGAUCUCGUGUAUUAAAUUAUCGUCGUGUUGAUCUUGCAAGCGAGCAGGAGAUCGUUAGUUUUACUCCAAGAUCCCGCGAUCGAGGACGCCUCGAUUCUUCGUCGUCCAUUCAACCCGCCUAUCUCUCCUCCUCCUCAAGUUCUUCGCCUUCUCCGCGUCCUUCUCUUCACCCCACCCCUCUAGCCAAUCCUUGCCCUCCCAUUUUCUCUCUCUCUUAUUUUCUUCUCUCUUGUCUUUCCCUCCUCACGUGCCCCCCCUCAACCUCAGCCCACCUCUUUGAUCUUCGAUCGUGACCAGAUAACCAGCACUUUCGCGGCACUUUCAAAGUACCUCUAGCUAACGUGUAUACAAGCCUGCCAGAAAGUUCUCGAACCUCCUCGUCCGCGAGAUAGAAUAGGAUGGGAAAGAAUAGGACAGAAUACCUCUCUCUUCUCCUCUUACUUCUGGUAAGUCAUAAUCUCCCUCUUUGCUUAAUCUCUUUACGACGUCCAAUUACCGCCUUAUUUAUCCUGCGAUUAGCUGAUAUUCACGUAACGCUGUGAAAAAGAAAAAUUGAAGAUGAAGGCGCAAAAGGAAUUGGCAAACACGGUUGAAUAUCGUGGAUAUAAAUAUCGUUUGGGUAGUUCUCGCUUCGUCCUGCCACCUCGUUGUCGCUUGAUUUACGAUUUCAACCCGUCCUUACUUCUCCCUCUUCUCCCUAUUUUCUGACUCCCUCCAACACGCAGGCAUGAUUGUUUCGACCCUACGUAUUAAAUGGAAGGAAAAAUUAAGCCGUGUAUCGGAAAAAUAUUGCAAAUUGGGCUGGAUGAUGGGAUGGAAAAGAAAAGGGCGAAAAGGGGUUGAAAAGGGUAGAGAAAGCCGUGUACCUGAGCGUACACACGGGUUACGAAUGUGGUAGGGAAGGAAGAAAGUUAAAGUCGGACAAAGUCAGGCACCGAUCAGGGAGGUGCACGCGCGGUCCUAGCGAGGAGGAGGUCCCUCCUGAGCUCGUCGAGCAACUCCUUCUCACGAUUGAGUCAUCCGGCAGAGGAAAAGGACCACCUGGCGUGGAGAGGCAACGAUUCAUCUAACGAUAUGGAACUGUUUCGCCUUGUACCUCCAUCCUCUUAUUCCCAUCAACCAGACUCGUUUCGACUGGAUUUUAUUCGACUUUUCUCAGACGAUGUUCUCACAUUAUCGCCAUUUCUCGUUCGUCUUUAUUUAUCGUUCGAUUUUUUUCAUCACGAUAGUUUGUCAUGGCAUUUGGGUGGUGUGGGUCGAGGGGGGGGAUGAAAUCGAUCCGUAUGGUUCUUAUAAAAAAUCCAGAAGGGCGAGGCGUGCGAGACGGUGAGCACGUACCGAUGGAAAGUUUGCAUUUGCUCGGGGGGGUAAUCGUUCGAUCGGUAUAACCAGAGUGACUGGGAUAACAGCGCACGACAGAGUCGUGAAGCGGUGCCGAAGGCUGUAUAGUUUUUUGCUAUGGGGGAUUUACAGAUUGCACACCUGUGCGUAGCUUGGCCGAGGAAAGACCUCACCUGUCGAGCAACCGGUCUCCAUUGACUUUUUCUUCGUUUACGUACACUCGCGUUGCUCGUUGCUCUCCCGCCUGACUCGCCGCUAUCUGCUCUUCAUCCUUUUAACCCUCUGCCUCUAUCGACGUCCAUUCUCUGUUCUAGUUCUUUCUUACCACCCUUUGCUUUCGAAUCGAUCUAAAACCGAUAUACAUAUACCCAAGGACUUAUUUUCGCUUUUCAACCAUGUGGGGGAGGUGUCGUUUGUGUAGUCCACUCGUCGAAAAGUAGUUUUCGUUCGAGUCACGAAUCGACGCGUGUUGUUUUUACGAAACGUAAAAUUACAAAUGUACAAGAAGUUGUUACGUAUCGAGUCGAAUACGUAACAUCUGUUCGGCAAACGAUCUCGGCCGAUCGGAUUUCACUCGACGAAUCGAAGGUAUCGAGGUAUGGCAAAUAUGUAUUCUCGACGCGUAUAAUAUCGCAGGACUUAUUGGCGAACGAUUAGCAGUUGACGGAGUUUCGGGUUGGAAUUCGAUGGUAACAUAGGGCGAGGCGAAUCGUUGACGAAAAAUCGGUCGAAUAACAACCAGCGACUUGUUGCAAACGAGCGAUAAACGAUACCCGACAGAUGGUAAUCUAUGAUCAACGAUCGACGGCUGACGGGUCCGCUAGUCGAUGGUUGAUGAUCAGUGAUGAUACUCUGAGAAAUCCGUUGGGCGGUCUUUAACGAUCGAGACUGAACGACUUUAGAGGCAAAUUAUCAGGCCGCAGGCAAUUACCAGGUGGGGGGUUCGAUAUAGAGUGGAGCGGUUUGAGAGUUCCGAGAAUCGGUCGUGGCUAAAAAUAAGAUCCCACCCGGGAGCAGUGAUUAUGUUCCGAAAAAAGAGAACUGGGCGAAACGCUCUCCUCGGCGUGUGCAGGUGCCGCCGAUGAGACGAAGAAAAAAGAAAAAGAAAAAAGAACGAACGAGAAACCGUCGUGCGUUCGAGAAUCUCGCAUUGCCCCGGAUCGCCGCGAGAGUAAGUAAGAGGGGCCCCAUGGUCUCGCGCGCAUUGCUAUGCAGUACCGUGCCAUUCCGUGCUGUGCCGCGUUCCGCCGCGGCCCGCCGCCCUGUCUCUCUCGUUCCAUUUCGUUCCGUUCCGUUCCGUUCCGUUUCGUUCCGUUUCGUUCCAUUCUGUUCCAUUCUGUUCCAUUCCGUUCCGCGCCUUUGCCGUGCUUCGGCUCGGCUUAAUGAAGUUGUCGGUUCAGGACGUUUACAGGUGGGGUCUACCUGCGUGUGGUCCAUUCACAGGGACUGCCGCAGGACUGGUUAGGAGCGGUUAACAUCUUUACUUUUACCCUCCUUGGAUCCGCUUUCGAGAUGCUGUGCGUUCGAGCGAGACCGAUCCUCGUUGUCGUCACCGUUGUCGCGCAGUUGUUUGUUACCGUCGUUGCAGAGUGGCAGGAGGGCGAUUCGCUAUUACGCUCGCUACGAAGCGACCGGUGAUAGACUUACGAGGAAGGGGAUUAUUCGGGAGAGUAGGGACUCUGAAACGUACAAACUAUGCAUCGACAACAGAGACUCCCGUCGCCAUCGUUACCCUCGUCGUCGUCGUUAUCGCUGCCACUUUCAACGUCCCGGUCGUCGGUCCCGAGCGUGUCGCUGUCGACGACGACGACGUCGUCACCGGUGACGGUAGCCGCGUCAACAUCAGCGUCAUCCUCGACGCCGCCGUCGCAGCGGUCUACCUUCUUGUCGUCUACGGCGACGUGGCCUACGUCGAACCAGCCGUCGUACUCUUGGAGCGUGCAGCAGACGUCCUGCUCGAGGUUAUCCUCGUUACCGAGCGAAUCCUCGAUCGGUUCGACCGUGUCGAUACCCUGCCCGAGAUUGGUCUCCGUGUUGGCUUGGUCGGUGACUUUGUUACUCGUCUCCUCUUGCAUCGGUCUGACGGAUGCUGGGAUCUUGAACGGGCAUCCAUUGGGUAAAAGGUCGUUUAUCGAUAUCCAAUGUAAGGGUAUAUACGACAAGAGUAUCUUCGCUCGGCUGGAUCGUAUCUGCGAGGAUUGUUACAACCUAUUCCGGGAGCCUCAGUUGCAUCAACUGUGCAGGAAAAACUGUUUCACGUCAGACUACUUCAAAGGAUGCUUAGACGUGCUAUUGCUGCAAGAUGAAGUAGAGAAGAUCCAAACGUGGAUCAAGCAACUUCACGGAGCGGAACCCGGGGUUUAGGCAAGGCUGCUUUGGUACGCAAUACUUUACCAGCUGCAUUCAAGCGUUGCUGCUUGAGGAUGAGAAGGAAAAAUUUGAAGAGAUGGUCGAGUACCUAGGCGGCAAGAAGUAAGAUAAAACGAGAGAGAGACGCGCCUUUCAUUGCGAACGUUUUCCAUUCGCAACAUCUACGAUCACGACGAUUCCAACGACAACAUCGACGAGGAACAACGAACGAGACCAGAAACGAGAUACCAGAUACCAGAUACGAGAUACCAGAUACGACAAGCUAUCGACUUCCAACAUUAACCAUCCUCGUAACUGUACGGAGAAUCUUGGAUACAACAGCAUUCGUUAAAUAUUUCGUUCACGCUUCCUUCUUUUUGUCACGUUCGAUCCAUCGAACACGAACCUAAACUGGGGAUUCACGAGUGGGGCCGCAUAAUCGUACGUACCUUCUUUGUUUUAUUCGGAAACGCAACGAUACAUUAGGUGAACGCGAAUGCGAUAUAUAUUCGAAUAGACCGGAAGAGAGAUCGAUGGAUCGAUUUUUAAUUUGACGCUUUUGAGGUUAGAGUUGAAAGUUUAACAGCGGUCGAUAUAGUUGUAUUCUCUUGUUUACGAUCUUUUUCCUCGUCUCGGUUCCGUGAAAAGAAAAGAAAAAAGUUGCGUGUCUCCGAAACACCGAUACGAAGCGGUAUUAACGAAUUCUGCACGCCUCCACCCCGGCCCUCGAUAAAACCCAUCUACGAAUCUAGUCGACAGAAUAUUUGCGCUCGCGUAUUGCGCCUUUUGUCUUUUUAUCCGAUUUAUCCGAUAAUUAAUUAUUUUUACGUCGAGUAUCGUCGCUCGUUAUUGCGCCGAUUAUUAUUUUUUAUUUCUUUUUAUAUACCGCUAUAUACCUAAUUCCUAUAGAAAGAAAACAACGAUCAUACCUUAUGCGUUACUUAUACACGAUGCAUCUGUUUAUCCUUUUUCCCUUUGCCGAAAUUGUCAUUGGAAAAACACUUGCGGAAACGAACGAUCCUGGACGAGACUUACGUUUCGUACGCGCGACAGUCAGAUCUACGGUUAUGCAACGCGACGCGAAUUUCAUUCCGAUGUAGAGUGUUACCGAUCGGAGAAUCGUUAACUCGAUUGGCAAGAAAAGGGCAUUGAAAAAUCGCGAUUAUCACGCACGGGCUACUUUUUUAGCAUCACUUAUAUUUCUUCAAUUACCACCAUCAUUAAUAUCGUGCUAGUAUAUAGCACACUCUACUAUUCCUACUUCUAACCCUUACCGCUAUCUCUCGAACAUCGAUAUUAUCGAUACUGUCGAUGGGCUCUCUACUUACCAAGUUCUCUUCGUACCUUCAUCAUGGCGUCGAAAAUUUUAACUUCAAAAUUCGAACACCUUGAUUAAAACUACUAUAAUUAUUCGCUUACUAUAAAUUAUCCACUUCUUUCUAUCGUUUCAUAUGCACUUCCUUCCACUAACCCCUCGCACCAUUACUAUCGUUACUAUUAUAUCAUAUUAUUUUAUAUUACGUUAUAUAAUAUUGUAUUGUUAGUUUAUAGUAUACUUAUUGUUGUUACAAUUUGUCACGAUAUCGCUACGACGAACUCCGUGUUCAUUUCAAAUUAUGUUUAGAGAAAGGAGAAACAGAGAAACGAAAUCGAACGGACGAGCGACAGAUCCGGUGUCAAUGAAACGACCGAUGCACACUGGCGCUCGUAAGUGUGAGUCGAACGAUGAACGGAGUACGUUACCCGUAUGUAGUAGACGCGUAAUAUUUAUUUAUUUCUUCACAUUCUUUAGUUUCGAGAAGGGCGAUCGUAAAGCGGUCAUAAAACUUAUCGACGAAUGUUCUUCGACGCGAUUCUAUCGUGUCGUAAGAGAAAUGAAAAAUGAAAAAGAAAAAAAAAAAGAUAUG